AUGACAAUGUGCUGUAUUCUUUCCGUUUAUCUAACCUGUGAUUUAUUCCAGAGUCAUUUAUCACAGCAACAGUGAAAACUCUUUGAACUUGCGUUAAGAUAUAUUCAUAGGCAAAGGUAAGAUGACUCACGUCUCCUCGAUCGGAACGUGGGUGAUGAGCGCAGUGACGAGAAAUCUUGUCGAUGCUUCCGCGACGUCAAUCUAAUUUACGAAGAGUCGGAAGCUGGAUGCUUCUAAACUCAUGUGAUGAGACCCAUGUGGUUAUCUAGGCUUCACAUAGAAAUUUCUCCCUCUGACUUUGGUUUCGGCUCUAUUACCAUAUAGCGUGCUUCCGUUUCCCUUUUCUGCACAGAGAGAGAGAGAGAGAGAGAGAGAGAGAGAGAGAGAGAGAGAGAGAGAGAGAGAGAGAGCGGGGAAAGUAAAGAGCUUAUAACUUCUUUAAGUAUUGGCAAUGAUCAAAAUGGAUUGAUUGAGCCAUAGAGUUCUAUAAGCCAUGGAGAACGAGGGCAAUAAAGUAUCUACAAACCUUGUAUUUGGAAACGCUCCUCUCAAAAUACUUCAUCUAAACAUAACAUAUCAAUAAACUAUUAUCCUUACUCCUCAACAUAUUCACUCAUAGGAUUGUAGGACUUUGAUGAUGAAAGGUCAGAUGGGCCUAAGAUUUUCUGUAUCGCUGAUGGGUGAGGCAAAAGCACCCUUCAGGCAGUUAAUUGUGUAAGAAAAAUCAAGACUUAAUAAAGUAAAGAAAAACAAGCAGGGAGACAUAGAGAGAGAGAGAGAGAGAGAGAGAGAGAGAGAGAGAGAGAGAGAGUGGGGAGAGAGGGAAGAGAGAGGGAAGGAGGGAGAGACAGCGGGGAAAAAGAUGAGCUUAUAACUUCUUUAAGUAUCAGCAAUGAUCAAAAUGCAUUGAUUGAGCAUCGAGUUCUAUAAGCCAUGGAGAACGAGAGCAAUAAAGUAUCUACAAACCUUGAGUUUGGAAACGCUCCUCUCAAAAUACUUCUUCUUCUAAAGAUAACAUAUCAAUAAACUAUUAUCCUUACUCCUCAACAUAUGCACUCAUAGGAUUCUAGCUCUUUGAUGAUGAAAGGUCAGAUGGGCCUAAGAGUUUCUGUAUGGCUGAUGGGUGAGGCAAAAGCACCCUUCAGGCAGUUAAUUGUGUAAGAAAAAUGUUUGGGGUCUAGGAGAGAGAUAACCCUCUCGAAAGGUUAUCACUGGUGUGUGGGGGUUCCAUCUCGGAUCCCCUCCCUUGUUUUCGUGAUUUUCUUGUCCCCCUACCUUGUUGAAUUGCAUUAAUUUGCUUAUUUACUUCUUGAUAUUCAUUUGACUUGUGGCCAGCAAGUAUAACGUAUUUUCUUCUUCUGAAUUGUUGAUCAAGUUGACCCCAAGACACCCCAGAAAUAAUCUUGAUUUUUCAUGUAAUUACGUAUUUUUUUUCAAGAAAUUAUAGUAAGUAUGCAACCACCUAAAGCAUCACAAAAUAACUAUCAAGAACUAUGAUUACCUUGGUGGAUGAUAACUAAGAACAGCUUUUAAAGUACGAAAAUUAUGGAUUUAAAGCCUUAUACAAUUCAUGGACCUUGGGAAGCAAGAUAACUAAGAACAGGUUUUCUCAACUUAGAGCUUUGGCUUCGGAUAAUUACGAAUAGAGCUUAAAUGCGACUGCAUAGAUCAUUUACUACAUGGGUUAUUAGAACGUCCUGAUGAUUAGUCAACAAUGGAGGAAGGUUUCAGAGGAAUCCGGUGACUAAGUUGUGUUCAUUGGAUGGCAAGGAGUGGAGAAGGAUCCAUAUCAUUUAAGGUAGAUAUAUAGUUGAUAAUAACGAGCGGCAUUGAUGUCCAGAACCAAAAGCUUCUAUUUCUUUUUUCUUUUACGAAACCAAUGAAGGAGUUAUUGGAACGAGAAACUUAUGGGCAUGGAUUCUGAAAACUAAACAUCAAGGUAACAUAACAUAUAGCAAGCAAAAUUCAUGGUUUCCGUGGCAAAAACCCAAGAGAAGUAGCUUUUUUCUGCCCCGAAAUAAAAUUUCUUGCUCCAAGAACAGAACGAGCUUCCACCCUCAAGAAAGCGAAGGACCAACCAGAUAAGAUUGUCACAUCAUAUCGAAGCCGAAAGAACGGGGGCACCAAAUCGAGCAGAGUGGCGUAGGAGACACCAGCGGGCCUCGGCCAGGCGGAACGCGAACCUGAAUCACUGGAAGAACCCACGGAGAUCGAGCUCCAUGAGAAAGGAGGGGAGGGACGACAAUUCAACACUUGCCUCCGGAGGUUCCCCCGAACUCCGCAACUCCAGUGGGCUCCCCCAACUCUGAAUCGAAUCCAGGAAGAAAUGCCUCACCACCAACCUUUCUGAAUCUGUUCCCCUUCUUCUUCUUCUUCUCUCAGUUCUUCUUGCUCUCUGGUAGCGUCUUCUCCUGUGGAGAUUUGUCUAUUUCGAAAUGUUUCAAAGCAUUGGGUGGUAAAAAAAGAAAAAAGUGGGUUUUUUAGGAAAUGGACCAAGCAGAAGAAAAGUCAAGAUAGGCUUCUGGGGGAAUCCCCCCUGGAAAAUCGGACGUGAGGGUUUAUUAUUUUAAGUCAAAUAAAAAAGGGGUUUUUUUAUUAAAAAAAUGUUAAAAAAACCCCCAAAAAAGAGAUACUCUCUUCUACUCUCUUCUGCCUAACGGCAUUAACCGCUCUUCGUUCCCGAAAUUACGGAUUAGCCCCGAAUCCGUCACCCGUUAGGGGAGGGUGCCGGCGGAAUCCACGUGACUCCUGAUGUCACUCUCAAGUCUGGUACAUCGAUAGGAGACACGUGGCAGAGCAACGAGGCACCCACCUAGUUUCCCGCCCAAACACCCCUUCGAUGUUAAGUCACGACUUGAUUGGGGGUGGGCGGCAACCUGCCCAUUGGGCUGCAGCCUAAUUGCGCCGCAGACUUAUUGGGCCGGAAAACACUGAACCCGUCUACAUCAUUGUGCAGGAAGUCUCCAAUCUCUCUCUCUCUCUCUCUCUCUCUCUCUCUCUCUCUCAUUAUUUCAAUCUCCAACGAAAUUGGGUCAGCUCUUAUGUUGGGAAGAGAGAAUCUGGGACAUCAAAAUUUUCUAACGUCCGAUUUCUGUAGGACUAGAGAGAGAAACAGACAGGAUUCUGUUCUCUCUCUCUCUCUCUCUCUCUCUCUCUCUCGCAUUAUCUGCAUAACUGAGAAACUGGGUCAUCUCUUAUGAUGGGAAGAGAGGAAUAAAACAGAACCUGGGCCCUCCAGAUUUCCUACUUUCCGAUUUCUAGAGAGAGAGAUGGAGAGAGAGAGAAAUGGUCAGCAGAAUCAACGAAGAAUCAAUCAGACACAGAAGGUGAUGUUGGCGGUGGGGAUGUACAGGGGGGAAAGGAGUUUCAUCUGAGCAGCCCAGCCUGGUAGAGCUGCUGCUGCUUCUUCAUGAGGAGCCGUCGGCGACGGGGGGGGGCUGCUGGGACUUGAAGAACCUGGCCACGGCCUGGUAGAGCUGCUUCUCCUCGAAGGGCUUGGACACGUACCCGUCCAUCCCCGACUUCAUACACUCCUCGUACGUCGCCUGGAUCACGUCCGCCGUCAUUGCCAGCACCGGCACGUGCCACUCCCUGCCCCGUCCCCCCUCCGCGUUCGCCCUGCUCUCCAUCUGCCGUAUCCUCCUCGUCGCCUCGAAACUGCACUUUUAAACCGGCGCUGCCGCCGUCGAGUGAGAAGAAUUCACGGCGAGGAGAGAGAGAGCGAGAGAGAGGGCGCAUCCUACCCGUCCAUCUCGGGCAUCUGGACGUCCAUGAAGCAGGCGUCGAAGUCGUGGGGGAUCUGGAGGAGAGAGAGAGCGUCACUGCCGCUCUCCGCGCACUCCACGUUGGCACCGUACUUGUUCAGGGCGCCGGCGGCGAUGCGGCGGUUGACCUUGUUGUCGUCCACCACAAGGAUCCGCUUCCCGGCGAGCAGCCUGCGCAGGAAGGCCGAGCCGCCGUUGACUAGUUCCGGCCGGUGCAGCUUUCUGAUCCCCGCCACCUGUUCGAGGCAGGCAGCGAUAGUGCUUGCCCGCAGCGGCUUCAUGAUCACCGCGUCGGCGAGCCCUCCCCCCGCCGCUGCCGCCUUCUCCGACUCAGCUCCCACCAGCAGGACGAUCUUCGGUGGUGGCAGCGCCGCCCCCUCACCGCUGCCCUUCCACUCGAGCAGUCGCCGCCGCAGACCAGAGGACUCCCAGGUGUCCUUCUCCACGACGAUCAUGUCCGGGUGCUUCCACAAUUGGCUGCCAAGGAGAAAGAAAAAAUCCCCACAUAAAUAAGAAGUAAGAAGAUUGAGGUUGAAGAAGAAGAAGAAGAAGAGGGCUCACCUGCUCGGCCCGGCGACAGCAUUGGUGGCGAUCUCGACGCCGAUCCCCAGCCGCUGGAGGUGGUACCUGGUGACGGCACUCCUCACUGGCCGGUCGUCGAGCACAAUGGCCCUCGUGCCGCGGAAGCUGGAAGGCAGCGGCUCACCGCCGUUGCUGUGGUUGCACCGCUUGAGGACAGCGGUGAAGGUGAAGGUGCUGCCGACGUGGGGGCGGCUGAGGAAGCUUAUCUGGCCGCCCAUGAGCUCCACCAGGCACUUGCUGAUGCUCAGGCCGAUGCCCGUGCCGCCAUAGUUUCUGGAGGUGGAGCUGUCCGCCUGCAUGAAGGGAGUGAAGACCCGAUCCUGGGCUUGCAGGGGGAUGCCAAUUCCGGUGUCCUCCACACUAACGAUGAGGGCAAUGUCCUCUGAGUCGCCGCCACUGCGGCUGCCGCUCUCGGCCCAAUCAGAGAGCAGCAGUUUGAAGGUCUCCCAGCCAUUUCUGCCGUCAGCGGUCUCGAGCCCACUCAAGGUAUCGAAAGAAUCCGGCGGCCUGUUUGAGCUCAUUUCGGUCUUGGGAUUCAUCGCCGCUGUUGCAUGAUCAGCCAAAUGAACUUGGAUAAAUAUGUGGCCACGCUCGGUAAACUAUCAAGACCAAAAAGGAAACAACAACAACAACAUUCGUAUGAGGGAGGGAAUUCACAGCAGAUUGGCGAGAAGCUCGAAAGGAAUUGGAGCUCUCUGAAAUGAAAAAAUCUAAUUCAAUCGGAGCUCAAAGGAAUCAGUCAGCUCACCUUGAUGGAAUUGCCCACGAGAUUGGUGACGAUCUGCCGAAACCUCCCCGGGUCGCCCAUGAGGACUUGAGGAACUUUGUCAGACACAAACACGGCCAGCUGCGGAUUUCCGUGGAAGUCAACAAAAAAAAAAAAAAAGAGAAAGGAAGGACCAUAUUUGAUUAAUUAGGGAAAGAAAGAAAAAGAAGAUCUAGCAUUAGAAAUAAUAAUAAAUUCGUCCAGGACUGACCUCGAUGCCUGACUUUGCUGAGAACAGGGAGAUCACGUCGUCCAGGACGGAUCUGAUGUCGAAGGGCACGGCUUCCAUCUCCAGCUUACCGGCUUCGAUCUUUGCCCGAUCAAGCACUUCAUUUAUAAGCGAUAUCAGGGCUUUGCCGCAGACCUGAGCGGUCUGGGCGUAAUCCUUCUGGGUCGAGCUGAGUUCCGUGUCAAGAAGCAUGUCCAGCAUCCCUGGAGAUCAGAUCAAUGUCGCCGAUGAGGUUUUGGCCCGAUGGGCACAAAGUCCGCCCACGAAAGACAAGAACCAAAGAGCUCAACAUUACCGAGGACUCCAUGCAUGGGCGUUCGUAUCUCGUGAGAGACGGUGGCCAGAAACUGCGAUUCAUAAGCAACCCAAAUGAAGGUUUCACUUAGAACAGGAAGCAUGAUUACUGAAGGAAGGGGAAGGGGAAGGGGAAGGGGGAGGAAGACCGCAUAGGUCGUCUCAGAUGCUUGACUAUGUGAUGGUCAACGUUGCACCAAGUGAUCAGAUGGGGAGAAGGUUGACCAGGCAAUAAUAGCAUCUUUUUAUCAGCAGGAGGAUUAUUCUAGAAACUUGCCUGGGAUUUCGCAACAUCUGCGGCCUCUGCCUGGACCUUCAGUUCCUCCAUCUUCCGGCAGUCCUCCACAACAGUGGCGUAGCGAUUGUAGGCGGUGAAAAUAAUAUAUCCAAUGAGCAUGACGAUCACAAAGACACCGGUUGGGGUGUAAAUGGCCGACCAUGGAACUGCAGGCUUCUGACAAUAUCUGACAAGGACCCGCCAGUUUAAAUAAACCAUGAAUAGCAAGCCACAAGAAAUAGAAAAGAAAAAAUUCAUACCUGCAUUCCAUCUGGUGCUUCCUGAAUGGGUCCCCGAACUCCAGCAUGCUUACAUGGGAGAGAGCGGUGUAGCCAAUCAUCUGCUCGGGGCCGUACAUGAUUAAGGGGAUGGACGCAUUGGUGACGUCAUACACAUUCACCAAGAUUUCAGCGUUGCCGGCGAGUUGCUUCAGCAAAGUUUCAACAAGCGACUCGAUGUCAAACCCUCCGCCAAGAUAGCUGUUCGUGAGAAGUGUGCCAUGUUUUGGUCAGACUGAAUCUUCCUCUCCACAAUGGAAUGAUUAGAAGACCAUGAUUCGUUUUCUACUUUCUUUUUUUAUUUUUUCUCCUCCAGAAGGGUGGGUUUGGAGCAAUCACCAAAUUAAGAGGAACCAUGUGAUGUGAUGUGAUGAAAUAUGGGAUUAAAAAAAUACACAAAAUCCAGAAAAAAAUACUGCAAAUCAAUGGACAACAUUGCAUUAAUUUGAACGUGACUGCCUUUCUGCCUUCAUUUUGAUAUUCUAGAGUUCUACAGCCAUAUGUUGUCUCCUUAAGAGAUGGCACUUAAAUUGUUUAUCAAAGAAUCAUGGUUCCCAGGAAGAUUUUUUUCAGCAAAACUUGAUGUACGACCGGAAUCACUUCAUACGGACGUGGAUGUAUAAGACGUUAAAACCUAGGGUGUGGGUGUAGGAUAAUGGUGUGGCAAUGUCGUGGCAUAAUUACCCAAGUGUCGAAGUCAACAUGAGUGCAACAUUUUCGAAGGGAAUUAAAAUCCAGUGAAAAAAUUACAACUAACCUAGACAUCAAUCUACCAUUUUUAUUAUUAGAGCCUCAGAUAACUUUGGAGAUGCAGGGGAACUCAGGUAUGAUCAUGAAUCCACAAAAAUAUAUGCUUGCUUUUCCCAUAAGAAAAUAAUAGCUAGUCAAUUGGGAGGUUCAAAUGACCCUGGAUCUUUUCUUUGAAUGAUAACAGAGAGACCAAACAAAAAUUAUUAUUAAAAUCUUGAAUAAUCAAUGAGAGCCAUUUGCUGUUCUUUAACAUGUUUCAUCUCGUGGAGUAAUCAGUGCCCAAGGUGGAAGCCAAGCUUCAAGAUAUCAAAAUUGGCAGUGCUUAUGGACAUCCUGCUGCCAGGAGGAGAUCAGUGAAAAAAGCUGAGCUCAGGGCACUAUUCUUUCUCUGGGAAACCUAAAAGUAUGUUUUUUCCAUGCUCGUUGUCCAAUAAAAAGGCAUACAUGUAUACACCCUUGUUGUGGUUGACUUUAUUUAGAAAAUAAAUAAACGGUACUGGACUUAAUCGAACAAUGGAAACUUACGUGGAAGUAUAUUGCAUGAUGACUACUGACAACAAUUCUCAAUGGAAAGGGAAAUCCUUCUAGCUACCAAAGUGAAUGUUCAUUCUCCAUCAAAGAAUUCCUACAUUUCAGGUCUGUUCUGCCUCAUUCUUGCUUAUGUCCCUUUUCUCCAAUAAUGGCUGGAACCAAAUGCUACACUAUAAGGUAGGCAUGGUACUCUGGCAUGUUGGGCCGCAGCUGAUAACUACCAGUAGUUCAUCUAAAGGUGGCAUGAGAUAAGAAGGUAUGAAGAAUGCGCAUUUCCCAUAUUAAUUCCAUGAAUUGGCAAUCAGCUUCCACUUUCUUUUCCCUAAGACAUGCACAACGACACACCACUAUUCCCUUGAAAUUUAUAUGCAUGACUAGUGGGAACGUGAACUUUCCACAUCAAUAAAUUCUGUCUGUUCUUACCUACCCUCAUCUUCAGCUUUUUCUCCAAACCACCAAGGCAUGAUCGAACCCUCAGUCACGUGUGUCUUCUUCCCAGUAUUAACUUGCUCAUCUUAUUCCUCCAAAAUCUCACCAUUGUAUGGUUUUAGGCUUCGGCGGUAAAACAUUUCCUUUCCAACAAAUUAUUUUUCCUUUCUAUCAAAUAUUCCAUGAAUACUCGGCCAGAAAUCGUACUGGUGCCAAUUAUGGGUCUACUUUAGGCAAUAAGAGAGGAACAACUCUGAAAAUGAAAAUAUAGAACUGAUACGAUCAUUGGAGCUCACCCAGCAGUUGCUUCUACACGUUCUUCGACAGUCGCAGUCGGGGAAAGAUGUGUGCGAUACACAGGAAAAGUAAAAACAACUCCGAGAUGAUUGGAGUUGAGCAGCCUGAAUGGACUUGUCAGGACAGCUUUGCCAGUAGCCCUAGCCCGCAGGAUGUUCUCUCGAUCCUCCUGCAUUCAAAGGAACAAUAGUGAUCUUCUCGACCCCCAUUUCAACACAACGGUUCAGCCGCCAAGAGGAGGACGUGAGCAGCAUUACCUCCCCGGACAUCAUAUCGAGGGUUUUGAGGUAAGAAAGAGUCUCCUGGGCAAAAAUCACCGGCGCAUAUUCAUCUUGCUCAGGCGAUGGCCCGCGCUUCAUGGUCCUAAUUACCCAGCCCUGCUGUUCCUCAAACUUUUCCCUCUGUGAGCGCAUGACCCUCUGAGCGUAUGCGACUCCGCCGAACAGAGGCCGCUCGAACGCCGUCAUUGCUGUGUACUCCGCAAAUGUAGCCUGCACCAAUCCAGAGUGAUAUUAGAUAAGAGCAAGAACAGAGCACAAGGCAGAUUUAGAUGAGGUCUCCGUUCACCUGAUCGAUUGCAGAGGGGUUCUUGUGGAGGUGGAAGGUGGAGACGAGGAUGGCGAGGGCAUGGACGUGGUUGACGCUGACGGCGAACUGGUCCUGGAGCAUCCUGGCCCGAUCCUCACACAUGCUUACCAGGCGCUUCUCUGCGUUCUCCAUGUUGUAGCGCCGCAUCCCCAGGUGAACCACGAGGCUGAUUACCAUCGACGCCACCACCCAGACCACCACCUGCACCGUCCGGUUCUUUGCCCACUUCGCCACCCGGUUUCCCCUUCCCGCUGCGAGCCCCAUCAUCCCCGACCUCCCAAACUCCGCCGCAUUCAAAGUAUUCCUCACGGGGAAGGCAUACGGAACAGGGCCCUUGAUCUUCUCUGCUCCUGGCUGCGGCCGCCGCUGCUCUGAUGAAGACGAUGAUGCAAGACUUAUAUUAUCGGGGGAAGGGGGAGAAAUCAGUCUUCGUCUCGAGUUACGCUGCUUCAGUCUUCUGCUUGCCCCAAACAACAUAGCUCAUCAUUUCCCAACAUUGGCCCGCGCGUCCCAAUAAAGAGCAAAGGGACCGAAAAGGGUAGGGCGAGGUGGAAGAGACAUCAGCGAUGGGGAAUGAAACGAAUCCCAACUCUCGAUGGGGAAGAAGAAACCGGCCAAAACGACGAGCCCUGGUUCUUGUCGCUCGAAGGGAGCUCGAGAGCACUGCCAAGAAGACGACCAGGGAUCAGUGGGGGAUUAGAGGAAGAUGUGUGGGGAUUGGGGGCCCGAAUGAAACCUAUUUACCUGCAUGAAUAGAUGGAAUCUUAUCCAGUCCAGUCUGGUGUGGUGGGGUUAAGAGUCUCGACGUUGCUCCUCUUUUGCAGAGCAAGUCGAUCAAAACCCUGGAUAUGGCCGGAUACGCCGUCGAUUAAAGAAACAGUUCCCAGCAAGCUUCUCCUUCCUAAGAGCCCCACAGAGCCUCUCCAGUCGUCGUCACCACAGUAUUCUCAGAUACUCUCUCGCUCUCUCUGCGGGCAGCUUCCGUUUCCGACCAGCCGAUGAGGAAGAAGAAGAUGAGCUCCAAGAGAGUCACCACAGUUGAUGACAGAAACGGCGCCACAGUACCUCCAGCAUCGCCGUCUAGACGCAACCGACGUCUAAAUUUGGCUCCCUGCGUGACGAAUUCUUUGAACACACGCCAAUUCUGCAGGUUCUCAGUUGCUCUAGGUUUUCCGCAACUCCUUUCCGCUUCUCUUGAUUUCAGCUCCCCUUUAUCUCCUCGCUUCGUUGCUGCGGAGGUCAACCUGUCGUGAAAAAGAGACCUCGUCUUCCUAGGUUCCGCACCCCAUCUUCACAUCACCUUCUUCCCUCCCGACCUAGAUCAAAGCAUCCGACUUCCGCAGUGGAAACAGAACACCUCUCGCCGAAGGUAUCACCGAGCUCCUCUCUACAUCACAGUCGCCGGCUGCUUCCCUCCCGACUGGAAAUCCACCGCGCCAAGACCAGAUCCAGAUCAAAUCAGCCAAACCAGCUCCAGCCUGCCGCCGCCGACGCCGCUGCUUCAGCUCCGGUUGCUCCGGUCUUCACGGACGAAGACCGGCCAGAAGCAUACGCCACAGCCGACCAAGAACCGCUGGACCGCCGUCAGACCUCACCGGCGACCUCCAGGAUCCUCCCUCCCCGCCGGCAGACCUCACCGCUUCCACCCCCGCAGCCCCGCUCUUCCACCACCACGCCACCAGGGCUCCUCGGAGUAGUUGACGACCGAACGCGGAGGGGGAGAGAGAGAGAGAGAGAGAGAGGGUCACAGGAACAUUAAAAUACUAUAAAAUAUCUCUAUCAGAGAUCUCCCUGACGAGGACACGUGACGCAGGAUGGAUAUUCCGAUUUUUUAUUAUUAUUAUUAUUUUUAUUCUAAUAGGCCAAGACUAAUGACAGCCACCCCCGGGUUCCAUUCUCCCUACGGUUCCGAUCCCGGGAGCUCUUCAGAUGAGUGGUUCAGAUUGUUUGGUCUACGUGGGGCCCACCUCUGGUCGAGUAUUCCCCAAGUGGUGCCGGAGCAGUGUGCGGCCACUGACGGGUAAGAACGGUGGCAUAAAUGACCCAUUUGUCCUCGUUAUUGUAAGAAAUAUCGAUAAGGUCUUACAUGGGACUGCGAAAAGCUGAACGGUUUCGUCGCACGCCGCCUUUUCCAGACGGUGCUGGCCCCCCACGAUUCAGAUAAUGAUGAGCCGUCCGAUUUCGCCUUGAAAUGUGAAGCAUCCACCGCUGGAAAUUCGACACGUCAUUCCCCUUCCAUUUUUUUAUGGAGAUUCCCCUGCGCAGGGUUAAACCACGCGAAUCGGGGGCGGAAAAGUGUUUUUCUGAAAAUAUACUACUUUCUCUCUCUACUCUUUAUCCAAUAUUCGUACCCUACAAGGUGAAAAAUCGUAUUCCAUAAACCUAACAAUGGCCAGGAAUAGUGUCUUAAAAGCAUAUUUAUAUAAUAAAAAUAUGCAUCCGAAGUAGAAAAUAGAUAAAUUGAUGUGCAGUAUUUGAGAAAUAAUAAUAAUGUUAAAAAAUAAUUAUUCAUAAAUAAAAGGGUAGUUUUGUCAUUUACCACUUCCCCCCUUGAAAACUCUUUAAAAUAUGACCUUAUUUGACCGAGUGAACGGGGUAUGACUUGUUAUAAUAAGAUCCAGAAAGUCAAAUGGCAAUUAAACGGGAGCCGCGCCGCCAGGGGCAUGUGGGCCCCACAUAGACCAAUAAUCACCGGCACCCAUGUACGUCCGAUGGAGAUCGCGGCGGCGGAGAUAACGUUGACUCUUCUUCAGGGAGCGAACCCGUCCUGAUCUGCUUGUCGGAAUCUCGUAGAUGGCAACGGAGAGAAGAAUGCAUCACGAGCCGCCCAUCGAUCGUGCUGACCCACCUCCCUCUAAUAGUAAACUUUUUCUAUAAUUAUAUGUAUUUUUAUAACAAAUAAUUACACAUACGAAUAAUAAAUUCCUAGUUAGCGAUGUCAUGAAUCUACGUCUUGUCAACCCAACUGGAGUCCAUAAUCUCUUAAAGGCCACCUAAGAGAGAGAGAGAGAGAGAAAAAGAGAGAGAGAGUCUAAGUCAAAACUCCUUUAAAUAUGACGCUGACAGGAAAUGGGCUCAUUGGGCCAGUCAACGCGGCUAAUAAUACAGUAUUAUUAUUAUUAUUAUUGUUGUUAUGGGAUAAGAAUUGAGCUGACUAAAAUGUAUAUUCCCCCCCUUUAGACAUAUAAGAUUCCCAUCAAUGCUAAUAAUGGGAUAAGACUGAGCUGACCAAAAGCGGAGGUGGGCCCGUGGUUUGGGGUGAAUUACGUAGGGCUUGCGGUGACUACGACUUGAAAGUUUUAUCUGUUAAUUGGUCAACGCUUUGACAUAUCUUGGCUUACGUCAGCCGUGGGGAGUAGAAUAUUCUAACUCAGGCCUCUUUUAAGUCCUGAGAAUUCCCCGCCUGAGGGGCUUUUUAGCUCGGAUCUCUUUUGCAUGAUUUGGGGUCUUGCAGGGUUCCCCGUAUCCAUGCAUUGAAGGAAAAAGGGAGAGAGUGAAAGCUAGAGAGAGAGAGAGAAGAUGCCAAAUGAGAAGAACUCAUGGUAUUCAUAUGCGCAAAAUACCUACCUAUUAAAGCAUUGUAAUCCAUAAAUACAAGCAUUCAAAACCGAGGAGGGGGAUGCGCACAGAAUAUUUGUAGCCUAAACGAUAGUAGGAUAUUGGAGUCAACGCCAUUCAUUACCGUUAGAAAAGAUAGUAUAGGGCUGUACUUGGAUCAUAAGGGCCCAUUUUUCGGGAAUUUCUCUAGUUCUGACUGAGGCGCAUACGCAUAAAUAGAAAAAAAAUCAAACCUCGUAAACGGAAAAAGAAAUCCGCCGGGUAUGUGUCUGGUUACGACAAAAUCGAACCUCAUGAACGGACAAAAGUCAAAACGACGGCCACCUGUUGUAGCCUUCGUGGCAUUGUUCUCCGGGUCAACGGACUAGCAACUCGAUCUGGGAUUCUGAAGUAACAACCCGCUUGCCCCUCUGAGACUCCAAAAUCUCCCUAAAAAAUGGACGCGUUGACCUCCGUAGACUCCCGGGACAGCGAGCUCUACAAGAAAAGGUGGUAGUAAAAGCCCUAAAAACUCCCAAAUCUCCUCUACUUGCCGGUCGUCUCUGCUGCUGACCUUCCGUGAAACAAAUGCCCCUUACUUAGAGGAAGCUCCUCCGGCCGGGGGGGAGCCAGCCGCCGGCUUCUUCUUGGCGGCGCCGCCCGGCGAGUCAUCCUGGCCGGCGGGCUGCGGCGGCGGCGGCGCUUCGCCCUCGGGCGGCGGGUGGGUGGGGGGGAGGAAGACGCCGGUGCCGGGGACGGGGUGUCGCGGCGGUGCCGCCGGGGGCCAGGCGGCGGAGGCCGCUGGAGGGAGGGGGAGGGCGGCGGUGACGAGGGGAGGAGCGGCGGCGAUGAAGAGCGGCGGCGCCGCCGGGGGUUGGAGGACGCCGGCGGCGUGGGGCACUGGGUAG